UUACGACUUGCGUCCUUUUGCUGGGAGUGACAGAUAGAAAUUUCUAUCUCUAUCUUCUAACCCACGACGCAAUCCAAGAAAAGUUGUUGCCUGUGAAGGAUGCCUUCAGCUGCUAAUGCAAAAUCUGAAAAGCCGGCCUCUUCGGAGGAUAAGGAUACACCAAUUCGACAAAUUAUGACGAUUAUUGAGCAUAAAAUUCGUAAUUUGGAAAAACGCAAGAGUAAACUAACAUCAUAUCGUGACCUGCAGAAAGCUGGAAAAGAGCUAAAUUCUGAUCAAAAAGUUGCAGUUGCUAAAUAUGAUGAAGUUGCCCAAACCCUUGAAUUUGCAAGAGAUCUCUCAAAGCAAGUUACUGCUAUAGCAAUCUCUUCAGAGCGUGAGGCAAAAAAACAAGCUAAAAAGGAAGCCUGGGUUCGUUAUGCAGCAGAGACCAACAAAAUAAAAGAAGUUUUACUUAUUCUGGAUUGCCUUAUGCAAAUGGGUAGUGCAGAUGCAAGGACUGAUUUCAUAAAUGGAACAAAUGGUGCUGCUAAAUUAACUGAGGAUGAUUUAAAAAUUUUGGAUGAUUUAUACCCUGAGGUGACCCCUAAGCAUGAAUUAAAUGAAGAAGGACAAUCUGGUUUUCACCUUCAAAUAACAAGAGCUGCAGAACACCUCUACUCCAUAAUUGAUGGAAAACCUAAAGAAGUGUUAGGCACCACAUACCUACGAAUUAAGGAGAUUGUAUCAACAGUUCAUGAAUGUGGAUACUUUGAUAAAACUGUAGAUGGUGCAAUCGCAGAAGUAGAAGAAAGUCAUGUUCCAGUAGAAGAAGAGGUGCAUGAACAAGGUGAACAUGAACCAGAAGUAGAUAUGCCAGUUGGUCCUGCAUUUCCACCUACUGGCCCUCUGCCUGUACCUCCUGCACCGGCAGUUGUUCCUGCACCUGGUUAUCCUCUACGUCCAUUGCCGCCGAUAACGUUACAAGAAGUAGAACAUGCCUACUUUGCACAACAGUAUCCUCAACAAAGACCCAUCACAGAAGUUAUAGGCUCUCAAAACUUUUUCUUUUUACAAGAGUCUGAAAUUGACAGUCCGGUAGGCACACCACAACCGCCCGCGAUUCCUAAUCAAGUAUCGCCACCUGGACCUAUCCCAACUCAGACUUUUACCAAUCAACAUUAUGUACAAUUACCCGGGGGUAGAGUCCCGGAACCUGGCAGCAUGCCCAUGCCGCCUCAGCCUCAUUUUCCACCGCAUCCAGAGCAUGCAGGGUUUGCACCGGCACCCGUGCCCAUGCCGCCCGUACCUACGCACCCGCACGGUCCUCUGCCCGCCAAUCUACCGCCCCCGCUGCCGCCUGUCACGCACGCCGCCCCUCCACCUCAGCCCGUACAUCACACAAUGCAACCCGCUCUCGUCGCGACUCUGGUACACGCCUCUGUUACGCCCGUUCUGCAAGAAGAUACUUCGCCGGUUUCGCCCGUGACCGAUAAAGAAGACGAUUGCAGAAAAGAUGGACCGAGUCCAGAGUUAGAGAACGGUGGCGACCGUAAGGGAGACUCCCAGAGUCGAUACAGACGUUUCGGUCGCGGCGGCCGAGGCGCACCGAACGGUCAUCGCGGCCGAGGCGCUUUCCCUAAUCGUCAAGGCGGUGACGGCUAUCGGGGCCGACAAGGUGGUGAUUACCAAAACAGAUCGAACAGGGAAGGAUUUCAAAACAGACAAUAUGACGGCUACCAAAAUAGGCAUGCGAACCGUACCGGUGGCGACGGAUAUUAUGGCAACGGUGACGUGUCAGAAGGUGCACAUCACGCCGAGAACGGUCGUGAGCGGUAUGGAGAAGGCAACGGCUUCCAGGGAGGAUACAAGGGACGCGGUAGAGGAGCUCCUCGAGGAGCAACACGCGGUGCGUCUCGGCCUCCCCGCGCUCAACACUACACAAGGAGAUCCGAUAAUGCUGAAUAGUUAAGUGAACACACCAAUGCAUUGGUAUGCCACAUUUUAUGGCUCAAUCAAUAAUCGUCUUCGAAAUUCUGAUGGACUAAAUCAUUAGUGAAGGCAGAUUUCACCGGCAACAACGCGCUGUGGUAACAAAUAACGAGAGAUUAUGUUAAAAAAACAAUAAAAAAUUAAU